UACUCGCCCACGUACUCCAGUUGUGUUGAGGGUGACGCUGACGCUGAGGGUGACACUCUUACGCACUCCUAACGCUUAGGGUGAUACUUGCGCACUCCUGACGCUUAGGGUGAUACUUGCGCACUCCUGACGCUGAGGGGUGACUCUGAUGUACUACUGACGCUGAGUGACGCUCUGACGCACUCCUGACACUGACUGCGACACUCUCACUCCUCCAAGGGUGGCUCAGUUACUCAAUCUGACGCUGAGGGUGGCACUGUUAUCCUUUUUUUGGCGCUGAAGGUGGCACUCUUACCCUCUUCUUACGCUGAGUGACGCUAAGAGUGAAACUUUUACCCUCCUUACGUUGAGGUCUGUCUCUAAUGACCUGUGGAAGAUUCUGACAGUGAAACUUACGUUAGAUUGUAACUUGAGGAAACAUUCUGAUGGUGGAACUUGAGGGAGAGAUAAACGCUAGUUGAACUAGGGUUUAGAGACAUUCCCGUGUUUGUUGGGUUGCUACCAUCACACGAGGAAAGCUCACACACUUUGUUUUUUCUUGCUUGUUGUAGUAUUAAUACAUACUAAUUCAACAAAAUUAAGGCAAGGAACAAUAGACCACAAUAACUGAGAACAACGAAAUGUAAUAUCACUGUCGAUUAAUUAGAAGCAAUUGAUAAAAUUGCAAAAGGUGGCCAGAGUGGAUAUUUUUGAGACACCGGAACCCAGACUGAGUAGUUAUGUAGCAUCAGUGAACGAUAUAUGUACUCACCUAUUUGUGUUUGUGGGGAUCGAAUCCUUGCUCCUGGCACUGCCUCUGAAGCUUCUUCGAUUGGGAGUUACUGGCUUGUGUGUGUGUUUGAAGGUUAGCAAUAUCAGUAAACUCAUACGUGUAUUGAGGUCUACUUGUGUUGCGACUGGGCCACUACGACUGGAAAACCGACUGGCGAGUUUUCCCUCUCCACUCAGGCUGAGUCUGACAGACUGGCUGCACUAACUGCCCUCCAGCCAGUCUACACUUGAAAGCCACACAAUGAGCCCCAGCUGCCUCCUAUUUGUUUUAAUGGGUGUGGGUAUGGUGUGGACGGCGCCAGCCCAGGAGGACGCGGGUGUGGUGUUGGAGACACCAGCACAGGAGUGCCCACGAGACUGCGUGUGCGAACAUGCUCCCCUGAAGGCCGCCUCCUUUGUCCUUACCUGGAUGACCUCCUGGGGCGAGGAUGACCUACCAGAGAUACACCCCAAUGAGGUGACAGAGGAAGUAGAUGCUGUGUGGUCGACAACAGCCAGGGACGCUGGCGUGGAUGUAGGCGUGGUAGGUCUGCACGCUACUUGUGCUCUUAUGCCAGACACCAACCUCACACAUCUCACCCACGCCCUUCCUUCAAACACCAUGGUGUUGACAAUGCUGCAAGCGGUAGGAAGUGAGCUGGUGGUGGUGGAGGUGGGGCAGCUCACGCCACUGAAGGAGCUGAAGGCACUUCACCUGCAGGGUUACGCAAGACGCAGCUCCAAGCAGGUGUCCGGUUACUUCCCGAACCGUGUGUCAGAUAUGGUGAAGCACAAAGAAGUGGUCAACAUAGAAGAAGAGGAAGAACAGGAUCUGCUUUUGGCAAUAUCCGAGGACGCGCUAAUUCCACUGACUAAUCUGCAGCUGCUGGACUUGCAGUAUGUGCGUCUUGUGGCGGCUAUGGAGGGAGGACGGCCUAGGCGACAGACCAAACCACUGUUAACUUCCACUCUUCUCGACAUGCCCCUCAAUCACUUCCUCUCCCUCACUGAUCAGCUAGACCUUGACCUUCCUCCUGGGCUCCUGCCAGAUACACCCUCCUCAUCCCCAGCCGCUCAGCCCAACUCUGAGUUGGAGUUUGUAUUGCUACAUGACGAUGAAGAAAACCUAGUGCCCUACGAAGUAUUCAAGACCGAAGUGGAAGUUAGUUUAGCACCGUUCGUUGUGCAAACGCAGCUGAAAUAUCUCCGUGUGGCUCACGCUAAGUUGGACCGUAUAGGCACUGAAUUCUUGACGGGGCUUACUUCCCUACACACACUUACACUGGAAUAUAACCACAUCAAGGUCCUCCCCACUGCCAUGUUCACUCCUACCCCUAACCUCCGUCAUCUCUCCAUUGCCCACAAUGACAUACUCGCUCUCGAAGGAGAUAAUCUGGCUGGCCUCGAGAACUUGCUCACCCUCGACUUAGAUCACAACAAUUUAGAUAGACUUGGCCCGGGCAGCUUUCCGAGCCUGCCUCACCUAGCCACCCUGCGGCUCCUCAAUAACCCCCUCGCCCAUAUCUUCCCCUUCACCUUCGCCAACGUUAAUGCUACCGAGAAGCUGCUUCUUGGCUCUCGUUAUGUGUCGACAGAGAUUCACAUCGACACCUUCAGGCAGCUCGGGUCACUGACGAAGCUUCAACUGGAGAACACAACGUUGCUAUCUCUGAGCCAGGCACUACUAGAGGGGAUGCCACAUUUGAAGGAACUCUCCAUACACGGCCACGUACCAUCCAUUGACUACGACACCUUCACAUUAACUCCUAAUCUGGAAUCCCUGAAUUUAAGCCACUGUCACCUCAACAGACUCUCCCUCGACGCCUUCUUUGGCCUCAAGAGCCUCAGGUAUCUAGACCUGAGCCACAAUGGGCUAACUGAGCUCUCUCCUGGGACCUUCGACCACUUGUCCAGUCUCCGAGAGCUCUAUCUACAUCAUAACGACCUGACAACGCUGCCCCUGGGCAUUUUUUUGCCCCUUCCGGCCAAACUUAUUCAGCUAUAUGAGAAUCCCUGGCACUGUACCUGCGACCUCCUCCAACUGCGACCUACCCUCACUAAUAAGGUGCGUCAAACGGUGUCCACAACUUGCCGGUGGGAGGAAAAAUCGGGCACAGUAUGCACUGCUCAGAGACCUGUGCGCCUCAGAUAUGAUUCCCGCGUAGCUCCCCUCUGCUCCACGCCCGUACAGUACCGAAACCAUGGCGUCUUCUCUGUAAUGACCCGCCAACUGAAGUGUCCCAAACAUUUAUGGGGACCGCGACUUGUACGACAACGGCAGCGCAACGCCAUCCGUGCGCAGAAUCGCAAUGCUAAUGUGCCCACAAGAAAGCCUGAAGUUCUUAUGGUAGAGAAAAAAACCAGCUGGCUUCCUCUUACUGCUUUUUCCUCCCCACCUCAUGAUAUAAAAGAUUUACUGGAAAUUGCAGAGGCCGAGAUGCCUGAAGAAGCCUUUGCUCCACUCGAAGAUGAUUACGAGGCCGAAGAGGACAUCGAAGAAAGUAAAAACAGAGAGGAUGAAGAUGGAGACGAUGAUGAUGAUGAUGAGGAGGAAGACCAAGUGUCAGUAGUACAAUUAACACGUGACUCUGAGCAGCUGCGGCACGACGAAGCUUGGAAGUCUCUCUCUCUUUCAGAGAACUCCACCACGAACUCACUCCUUGACGCUUACCGCCGCGAAAAAUUAAUAAUGAAAGCCAAGUUUGAGGCCGACAGACAAAGGCAUAUGCGAGCUCGACAAGUCAGCAAGCAGCAACUGAAGAAAAAGUUAGCGGUAGAAAAACAAAGGAUGAAGGACCAGGUGAAAGCUGAGAGGCUGCUGGAGCAGCAGAGGAAGGAGGCGGAGAUGGCAGAGUUUCUAAAACAACAACAACUACAUCAAAUGAUGGUGGUCCAACGGAACACAUACUUGUAGUCACUUCCCACCAUUAUCGUCCUCUUUCCAUCGUCUUCUUAACCUCCACACAGGCAGCAAGCACUGCUCAUUUCAUAGAGCUAUCAUCUCAGAUUUUAUUAUGCAAUAUUGUUUCAGUAACUUUGUUGGGGUUGAUUAACUGUAAAGUAUUUUUAUAUAUAUAAAAGUAAUUUGAAAAUAUUAAAAUAAAAUUUUUAUAAAAACAGUAAGGAAACUUGUGUAUUGGUUAAAAUUUAAGCAUUUUGUUACCCUGUAUUUCGUAAACUUUAAAGUAACAUGUACAAAAUAUAAUUGUUAAAUGUACUUUAUGCCAUAC